GCGACGUGUCAGAGGCUGUUUGUGCCAAGCGGGUCUCCGCCGCGUGUCGCUGUGAUGUUUAAUGUUUGUGCGGUGGGUUCUUCGUGUUUGAUGCGUUAGCUGAAAUUCUCAACAGAAGGUAGGAAAGGUGAGCGGCGAGUGCGUGCGUUCGGUUCCCCCGAUGCGGAUUAGAUCUGGUAUCUAGAUUGAAAUGGAUUUUUGGGUGGGGAAAUCAACCACUGGUGGUGUGAUUUGGUUUUGGAUGAGUGUUUGAGACACUUUGAGAAAACGAGAUAAAGCAUAUUAAUGAUCGAGGUACUAUAAGUGAUGCUUCACCGCACACUGGGGGAUUUAGUGUUUUGUAAAGAGACACGGUGAGAUAGAAAGGCAUGUAAAGGGACAGUUCCUCAAAAAUAUUUCUCCAACCUAGAUGGACUUUCUUGCUUCCGUGGGUAACAAACAACGUGCUGACUGAUGUGGAAGCAGCUUAAUUCUAUUGAUCUGUGUACAGUAGCUCUGAAUAACUGUAUAGAUAUUUUCCACAGAGAAAGAAAUAUAAUAAUGGGUUUGGAGUAACAAGAGUGUGUGUAAUCAUUUUUAGGUUGUUCCUGUUAAUAAGUGUUUAAAAGCUUAGCGAGAGUUUAUUAUCUCGGUCGGUAUCAUGGUGAACCUUUGCUUUCUGUUAUACUUAAAAAGGAACACGGCUACAGUAUUAGGAAUUUUGGGACAGGACCUACAUACACCAACAGAAAUACUUUGGACACUGUGGUGUUCAGCACAACAGCAGAUGUUUUAGAAACGGGUUUCACACAGGUGGAUUAUCUGAUGAGAUUUAGACUGUUUACAAUGUAAGUUAAAGCAACCCAUUUUUAAACAACUGGAUCAGUUUUGAAUGUCCAGCAAAAAAAUUGUUAUUUCAAAUGGCUUACUGUGGGGCAGGUCGUCACAGCUUGUCAUAGUGUUACAAGAUGCCCCAUUGCAAAAGGUCAAGGACUGGAGUUUAUUUCCAGGUCAAAAACUUUUAAAAUGUUAAAUACUUGAAUGUAUUAUUUUUCAUGUAAUACUGUAACUGUGCAGAAAUGAGAAAGAUUAGAAAGUGUGACAACUAGCCCCGUUGAUCUAUUACGCGUUUCUCUGUGAUGCGCGCGCGCGCGUGCAGACCGAAGCCAAACAGACAGUGAUGUAGGCGCAUGAUGCUGAUGUCUCAUAUUUUACUGAUCUCUCAGGUGAGGUAAUAUUUGUCCACGUGACUGAGGAGCACAUUCCCUAUGCGCUCGUAACGUGUCAUUUAGUGGGAGUGGUCACGGUAGCUGGAGGAACCCGUGUCACACCAGAGACGCACUGUGACCAGUGAAGUUAAAACCCUGCAGAGCUCGGUGUCCAAUGCGAUAUCAAUGCAACUGACUCAAUUAUAAUAACAAGAAUUAAAACCAUUUUAGAAGCAACAGCAGACACCUGCGUGUCCUAAACUCGCGCAGAAUUAUUUUUAUAUUCUCAUUCUUCUGGCGUCACCUGUUGAGAAGGUGUUAAUUGCAUGAAUAAUUUCAAGCUGAGAACACACGAGUGCGCACCGUGCGCGCGUGUUUGCUCACAGGAUCGUGUCGUUUGGCGAUGUGCGCGCGUGUGUGUUGCUCAGACUGACACACGCUGAAGUCCGCCGCGGUGGCAUACCGUGACAGUGCACCUUUACCGGAGCGUAGCCAAAUGUGAGACGAGUCCAUCCGUACGUCACCUGGGAAACAGAUGGACACGUUCGCGCCCGGACCUGUUGUAAGUGUGAGCGAGUUCGUUCGCGUGUCUGUGCAAUCGUUAAAACGGUUGCUUCUGCGCAAUGUUUCGGUAGAAUCACAGGGAUAAGUGAGUUUCUCCUGGGUCCUUCUCAUUUCGGAGCAUCAGUCGUGCGCUGCGCGUCUUCGCCGCUCAUCAUAUGAUGCUGCGUGUUCACGGGUCCUCCUCCGGUGUUACCGGCAUUACUCGCGGACCGGCGGAGUGAGCGAGCGGAGAUCUCCAAUAGCGGCAGCUGAACAUGAUCCUCAGGUCCGGGAAACUUUUUGCGGAAAAUGUUUAGGACACGUUUGGAUAUGUGAUGGUCACUCACGGCGUCACGACGCGAGUUUGUUUCAAUACGCGAGUGGAGGAAAAUUAAGUUAACAGGUGCGUAAUCGUUACAGCGUAGCAUGAUUCCCGGUGGCUUCUGGCGCCUUCUCCAGUUCAGGAGCUCUCUGGAAUUCGCGGUGAGAGCGCGUUAGUUGAUGGCACUGCGCGCUGGGAGGACUUUGGUUUGGUUCGGGCAGGUUUUGCGUAGAGUCUCACGGCUGCAGGGUUUGUGGUCCCGGCGCUCCAGCAGUCUUCUGUGUCUCUCCACCAGCCAGGACCACGAUCAGGGGACCUGUUACAUCCGCAACCAGUGUCCAAAGAGCCACCCACAGCAGCGGCAGUGCUCUCGAGUCUGCCCCUAUCCGCCUUUUCCCGCCUGCUGCUGCGCCUUCCCGGGGGAUACGAGGGGAAAUGUACCCCUCAGCCGCCGGUUCCUGGUGGCCAUGAAGAGGCAGAACGUGCGGACGCUGUCCCUUAUCGUCUGCACGUUCACCUAUCUGCUGGUCGGUGCCGCCGUCUUUGACGCGCUGGAGUCGGACUUCGAGAUGAGGGAGAAGGAACAGCUGGAGGCUGAGGAGAAGAGACUCCAGGGCAAAUACAACAUCAGCGAGGAUGACUAUAGAAAGCUGGAGACAAUCAUCAUCGAGGCCGAACCGCACAGAGCGGGGGUCCAGUGGAAAUUUGCAGGGUCCUUUUACUUCGCCAUCACGGUCAUCACCACUAUAGGUUACGGCCACGCAGCUCCGGGCACAGACGCGGGAAAGGCCUUCUGCAUGUUUUACGCCGUGCUGGGUAUCCCGCUCACGCUGGUGAUGUUCCAGAGCCUCGGCGAACGGAUGAACACCUUCGUGAAGUACCUGCUGAAGCGCAUCAAGAAGUGCUGCGGGAUGCGCAUCACGGACGUGUCAAUGGAGAACAUGGUCACCGUGGGCUUCUUCUCCUGCAUGGGAACGCUCUGCAUCGGAGCGGCUGCCUUCUCCCACUACGAAGACUGGAGUUUUUUUCAGUCGUAUUACUAUUGCUUCAUAACGCUCACCACCAUCGGCUUCGGGGACUUUGUAGCCCUUCAGAAGAACAGAGCGCUGCAGAGAAAGCCGCUCUACGUGGCGUUCAGCUUCAUGUACAUCCUGGUGGGGCUGACGGUGAUCGGCGCGUUCCUCAACCUGGUAGUGCUACGUUUCCUGACCAUGAACAGCGAGGACGAGCGGAGGGACGCCGAGGAGAGAGCUUCCCUGGCAGGAAACCGCAGUAGCAUGAUCAUCCACAUCCAGGAGGACACGCUCCAGAGGACUCGACGGAGACGAGAGCAACAGCAGCAACGCUACAGGUCAGAGGUCACCGACCUCCAAUCCGUCUGCUCCUGCAUGCACUACCAUUCGCACGAGUUCGGGAGCUCGGUCGGCCUCGGGUUGGGCGUGGGAGGAGGGUUUCAGCACCAGAACUCGUUCGGCUCGCAGCUGAGCCCGCACCAGUACUACCACUCGACGGUGUCUUACCGCAUCGAGGAGAUCUCGCCCAGCACGUUGAAAAACAGCUUCCUCCCCUCUCCCAUCAGCUCCGUUUCCCCCGGGCUGCACAGCUUCACGGAGAACCUCCGGCUGAUGAGACGACGCAAGUCCAUCUGAGGCCGGUUUUCUCGCUGAACACGCAUAUCCAAUGCUGCUGAUCCACCAAACGUCAUUCCUGCACUUUGUCUUCAUUUCUCGGCUCUUACGAGAUUGCAAACACACAGAAGAGAUGUGAGUGCAAGAAUUCUGUUGGGUUGAUGGAUAUACGACGGGACGUGUGACUUGUUAAAUGUCCUGGCAAGGGUUGAGAAGCAUGAAGCAUGGAUAUCUAUUUUUGCAGAAAACAUCGCCAGGGCUUUCUUCGGCCCGGUGAGCAGCCCCCCAAAAGCGGGUUUGGAUAUAAUAAUAUGACUCUGAAAUCAGACGAUGUACACUUGAGUUUUGAAUAAUACAGAGGGGGAUCUAUAUAUAAAUAUAUAAUUUUUUAAGGGGCGUGUGUUUUAUCAUACGGUGAGCGGCCUCUGGUUCCUCGUGAGAUUCAAGUGCCACAACACCGAAGGAUAUUUAACGUUAUAUACUGCUUUGAAAAGGACUACACAGUAUCAGGUAUUGUUUUCUAUAAGCAAUUCUAUUUCAGAAAAUGAGACGUGAAUUCACACCAGGCCAAAAUAUCGUUGCCAACCAUAGCAUGUGCAUUAGACGUCGUUCGAUGUGCGUCAUCGUUUCCGUUACCUUUCGUUUCGCUCUUUGUUUCCGUUCGAUUUCUUGUAAAUGAUACAUGUGCGUGGAGACUUUUCAAGGGACAGCAAAAGUGGGUCACGGAAGAAGAAAUGCAUGUGCUUUGUUUAAAAUGCGUAUACUGUCCCAAAGGAAAGCCAUGGCUAGCUUAGCGCUGGUUUCCGAUACAAAAAGCAAAUAAUCCUUUAAAGUAUUUCUUUGAACUUUUGACCUUAAAAUGUCCACGAAUCAAAACCACACACAGUACUUGAUCUCAAGGGCCUUCAAUAAAGACUCGCGAUGGAAAUGUGAAACACAUCACACGUGAAUGUUGUUCAUGAUUAUUUAUAUAAACCACAGCACGUUGACUUAUUAUUCUGCUGUGAACAGAAUCAAAUGUAUAAUGUAUGCUUACCGUAGCAAUGAUUGCUUUUCUCUCAACCAUAACCAUGGCAUUCAUUUGAAUGAAAAUGAUUUAAAUGCAUCAAUAAAGACAGUUAUUUAUGUAUUUUACACUUUAUUGAUCUGGUCGAAAGAUGCCGUGAAUGACAGAUUGUACCUUAUAGCCAUAGCAAUCGCUCUGAUAUUGAUUGGAAACUGCAUUGGACCUCUUCUAGGAUGUAAAAUGGAAUGGUUUUAUCCACUUGCCAAAUCUUUUAAAGCUUUUAUGUCACUUAUUUGAAGGCUUUUAACUGUUUUUAGUAUCUGAAUUACAGUUGCUGGAGUUACUGUAAGACUUUGGACCAAAUCAUCCUUACAAAUUGUCAACAAAUCAUUUUGGGAUUUUCCUUGAUAAGGUCCGGCUUCCAUUUCAUUGAGCCAAUUUAUUAAAGAUUAAAAAGUGAGUUGGGAUCUAAUUUCGUCUCUGUGCUUAAAAAACGGAGACAGGGUGAUAGAGUACUGGAAAUGAUUUCAUAGACGACCAGUAAUAAAUUUGAUGAAAUGUGACACAGAAUGCAUAAAUUCAUUAUUAAGCUGAAUACAUUACACUUUCUGUCUGUUUUUUUUCUUGAAAACUUGAAAUAUUGUGCUCACGUAGAUAACUGGAAUAUGAAAAUUGGCCACUCAAAUAAAUGAAGAGUAAUUACUGGGAGAAACCCCAGCGGGAUUGUGACAUUCAUGCGCUGGGAUUUUCAGAUCUCGCCAUUCAACUCGACGUCUGGCAUUCUGUAUUUCACUCAUGUAAAUGUAUGUAAAUCGCAACCAUUUUAUAAUAUUGUACAGUGCAUAUAUUGUAAGUAGUUAUAUCCUUGACAAAUUACAAAGGCAUAUU